GCGGUUGGCGCGAGCUGCGGCUGCCCGGACCCCUGGGCGUAGCUGAGAACGGGGAUCCCGGCGCUCCCGCUGCGCCUGUCCCUGCUGUGCGGGGCGCUGUUCUGUUGGGGGUGCGGGGGAUGCCGAGUGAUGUUGUCUGAUGCGCUGCUCGACAUCUGUGUUGUAAAUGCGCUUUAUCGAGCUGUUGGGGCUGACAGGAGAGAGACCCUAUUUAUUUUGAGUCUGCACAUCCUAAACUCAAAAAUUUCGGUCAGCUGAAAAAGUGGGCUGUGCCCAGGAAAGCUCAUGAUACCAUCUAUGUGUUUGUUAUUCUAUGAAGUGCUACCGGAUCAUUUGUUUUUUUAAGUUUAUCCUGUACAGAUGAACUCCGCCACCCCAUGAAGCUUGAGCGAGAGACUUUGAACUCAAGUUCAAAUGUUGAAACCCAACCACCCUGGACUUGCCUGGCUUCUUUCUGAAUGGGAAAAAGUGAUGAGCAAAGUUAUUCCCAAGCAUAUAUUCUUAUCUAACAACUAUGAAGUUACUGCUGGUUUUUGACUUUGACUAUACGGUCAUAGAUGAAAAUAGUGACACCUGGAUUGUGAAAUGUGCUCCUGAGGAAAAACUGCCUAACAAACUAAGAAAUUCGUAUAAAAAAGGACAUUGGACAGAAUACAUGGGCAGAGUCUUUAAAUAUUUGGGAGACAGUGGCGUAAGAGAAGAUGAAAUGAAAAGAACUAUGACAACAAUUCCUUUCACUACAGGAAUGAGAGAUCUUUUAGGCUUUAUUGGCAAGAACAAAGAUUUCUUUGAUUGUAUAAUAAUUUCCGAUUCUAAUACAGUAUUUAUUGACUGGAUUUUAAAAGCUGCUAACUUUCAUGCAGUGCUUGAUGAAGUGUUUACAAAUCCUGCAGCUUUCAGUGGUGCUGGCUAUCUUACUUUGCAGAAUUUUCACACUCAUCAUUGUGCAAAGUGCCCUAAAAAUCUCUGCAAAAGAAAAGUGUUGGAAGAAUUUGUGGAUAAAAAAUUACAGGAAGGAGUAAAAUAUACAAAAAUUAUAUAUGUAGGUGAUGGUGGGAAUGAUCUUUGUCCAGUAACUUUUUUGAAGAAGAAUGAUAUUGCUAUGCCCAGACAAGGGUAUACCUUACAGAAAAUGAUUUCUCAGAUGUCUGAGGAUCUUGAUCCUGUGCAGUCUUCUGUUCUAGUUUGGUCAUCAGGUAUUGAAAUUCUGUCUCAUUUGAAAUUACUUAUAAAAGAAUAACUCAAACUAUAGAGAUGAUUAAAAGUAAAUUGUUAAAGAUGUGUUGUCUUGCAUGGAGUGAAUAAUAAUUACUGUGUCUAUCACAAAGCACACAAUAUCUGAAACUAAGGCAUUAAAAUACACGGUAUAAACUA